GACGCCGCUAGUGCGCAUGCGCAGACAUGCACGCACAGUUCAAAACAAUCGGAACUUGUGUCUGUUUUGAUAUUUGUGAUUUAACAUCAUAAACAUCAACAACAUCAACCUCGCGUUCGUAUUUAACCUCGACACGCCUUCAGCAUCAAUCUUUUCCUCUCCGGAAGCUGAAAUCUAAAGCGGGCUGAAUGUAGGAUGGACAUGUACUGCGCUGUGAGAGACGAUCCGUCUGAUGCGGCCAGACAACAGGAGAGACACUAUUACCUGCUUUCAGAGCUGCAGACGCUCGUCAAGGACCUGCCCAGCUCGUUUCAGCAGCGUCUGUCCUACACCACGCUCAGUGAUCUGGCUCAGGCGCUCAUCGACGGGACGGUGUAUGAAAUAGUGCAAGGCCUGCUGGACAUUCAACACCUGACGGAGAAAAACCUCUACAACCAGAGACAGAAGCUACACAGCGAGCACAGAGCUCUCAAGCAGGAUUUGGUUCGGAAGCACAGACAGUCUCUGCAGACGUGCAAGUCUCACAAUCUGUCCGUUCUGAAAACCAGCCAGAGAGCAGAAGCUGAGGCGCUCGAUCAGCGGGUGAAAGAAGAGCAGAGGAUGAUGGACGAGAAGGUGGUGGCUGAGAUGGAUCAGAAGGUUCUAGAUCAGCAGAACACGCUGGAGAAAGCAGGCGUGCCGGGUUUCUACAUCACCACUAACCCGCAGGAGGUGAUGAUGCAGAUGAAUCUGCUGGAGCUGAUCCUGAAGCUGCAGCAGAAAGAGACAGUGUCUGGAUCUCUGCCCUGAAGACGUGAAAGAAGGACCUUUAAAAGUAUUUAUUAGAGUCUGUUUUAGUUGGUGAUGAUGGGCUGGAAGUGACUAUAAACUAUAGUCAUCCCCACCGCUUUACUUUUGACUUUAAAUAUUAUUUUGUAAAUAUCAGAAAUGUCAAUUUUGCGAGUCGUUUAGUUUUUUGCAAUUUUUGUUUGCACACAUUCAUGCUGUUAUGAUUUGUUACAUGUGAAGGAACCAUAUUUGUUUAGUCCUAAGUAAUUAGUAAAAAUUACAGUCUGCAUUUAUUGACUAUGAUUUGCAUCAUUAAAUCACAAAAACUGAC